UGAUUACAGGUAGGAAAAAAAAGGCAAAUCGCUGUUUUGAAUGGGAGACAACAACAACAACAAGAAGAAGAAAAACAGUCUUGUUGAACAUACGAGUGGCUUAAAUUGAAUGUUUACAUACAUGUUUUAGAAGUAGCGAAUGGCGUCGACUUUACUAUCACCAAUGGUGGAUUAUUACAACGACGAAGAAGAGCUGGACAGCGUGGACGAGGACGAUGACCGGAGUUUCAGAGGGAGAGACUCGGAAGAAGAUUUAUCACACACCCAUUACAGCGAACACGACACCGAAGACGCCAGCGAAACAGAUCUGGCCAAACACGACGAGGACGACUAUGUGGAGCUCAAAGAACAGAUGUACCAAGACAAACUGGCGUCGCUAAAGAGGCAGCUACAGCAACUCCAAGAAGGCACUCUGCAGGAGUAUCAGAAGAGGAUGAAGAAGCUGGAUCAGCAGUAUAAAGAAAGACUCCGUAACGCAGAUCUCUUCCUCCAGCUUGAGACGGAGCAGGUGGAGAGAAACUACAUCAAGGAGAAGAAAGCGGCAGUGAAGGAGUUCGACGACAAGAAAGUGGAGCUGAAGGAGAAUUUGAUCGCCGAGCUGGAGGAGAAGAAGAAGAUGAUCGAGAACGAGAAGCUGACCAUGGAGCUGACGGGAGAUUCCAUGGAGGUGAAGCCCAUCAUGACCCGUAAGCUGAGGAGGAGACCCAACGAUCCCGUCCCCAUUCCAGACAAACGCAGGAAACCUGCUCCAGCUCAGCUCAACUAUUUACUCACUGAAGAGCAGAUCAUGGAGGACCUGAGGACCCUAAACAAGCUCAAGUCACCGAAAAGACCAGCCUCCCCAUCGUCUCCCGAGCAUCUCCCGACCACGCCCAUGGAAAGCCCUACUCAGCGCUACGAGGCUCGGAUAGAAGAAGGAAAACUCUACUACGAUAAAAGAUGGUAUCAUAAGAGUCAGGCCAUCUAUCUGGAGUCGAAGGACAACACCAAGAUCAGCUGCGUCAUCAGUUCUGUAGGAACCAGUGAGAUCUGGGUGAGGAAGACCAGCGACAGUACAAAGAUGAGGAUUUAUUUAGGUCAGCUCCAGCGUGGUGCCUUCAUCAUCAGACGUCGUUCAGCGGUGUAGAGACACUUUCCCCUCUCCUCAUCCUCCUUCCACCCAUCUCUUCUUCAUCCCGUCUGAUCCAUCUGUCCGUCUCUCGCACACGGUAUUGCAGAGGAAUAAAAAAUUCAGCGCUCUCUCUCCCUCGCUCAUCUCACCUCGCUAAAGCCUCGAGACCGUCUAUGAAAUUCCUCCAGGCUUUAUUCUUCAUUUCACGAUCAUGUUUCUGUACAGAUUCCUUCUCCUGACCAGUCCAUCAGAGAGAGAGAGAGGGAGAGAGAACACGUCUAUAGUUUUAUCAGUUUGUACAGUUUAUGUGAUUUUUGUGUUUGUGUCUGUAUGUGUCAGAGUCAUAACACAACCACUGAAUUUCCCAGAAUGCACCUGGUAAGACUCACCUCCAUUAACUGAGCUCUGAUUACUGAGUAUUAGAGAAUAAAAGGUAUUGAGUAUCAGAGAAUAAGACGGAGCUGGUUUCCAACAUGAAUAUAUCAGUUUAUCGACGAGAAUUAUUUUUACACUCGGGUCUGCUGGAGCCUUUCAUAAAAAUAGGAUUAUUUAAAAAAAAAAAAAAAAAAUGAAAGUAUGCAUUAUUCCACAGGACACGAUUGGUUUGUUUGUGUUUCUUCAGUUCGACUCUCGAGUAAACGACUAUUAUCGCCGCCCUGCCCGUUCCCCCCCCCCACUCCUUUGUAAAUAUUAGCAUGCUGGAUUCUUUACACACUUUCUUCAGCUGACGUCUCAUUUUU